AUGGCUGAAACCAGGUUGGAUAGUCAGAUGGCCGAGCCUUCACUGUCCUUCUCGAAGAACGACAUGAUAACCAUCACCCAGCAAAUCGAAGGAGGGUGGUGGGAAGGGACAAUUAACGGUAAAACAGGAUGGUUCCCUGCCAAUUAUGCGAGUAUCAUCACCGAAAAAGACAAGUUAAUGCGAUCGAAAUCCGUGCCAAAUGCAAGUGCUUUAGCGAAUGGUAUCAACGCUUCGAAUGGGAUAUCGGGUGAGAAUUGA